AAAAGUUAUCGUUCGUCCUUUUCCAGCUUCCGCUGUCUUUUCUUCUUUUUCAACUCAGCAACGUCCACUGUAUCUCGAGCUCCCCUUGCCCACCAUGUCUCGCCAUCAUCCCGAUCUCGUCAUGUGCCGCAAGCAAUCCGGCAUCGCCAUCGGCCGCCUCUGCGACAAAUGCGACGGCAAAUGCCCUGUCUGCGACUCCUACGUCCGCCCCACGACCCUCGUCCGCAUCUGUGACGAGUGCAGCUUCGGCAACUACCAGAACAAGUGCGUUGUCUGCGGCGGUGAGGGCAUCUCAGAUGCCUUUUACUGCUACGAGUGCACCCGCCUAGAAAAGGACCGUGAUGGAUGUCCCAAGAUUAUAAAUCUGGGCAGUUCAAGGACAGACUUAUUCUACCAAAAGAAAACGAAUCGGCAAGCAAAUUACUAACACAGCUGUGGCCCGGGAUUGGGCAGUACGGCAGUGGAGAAUCACACGAGAACCCUUUUCAAUGCAUCUUUGAAAUCAUGUGUGUAUACGGGGGAUUGGAGUAUGACGGCGUAAAUACCGGACAUCUUUUGGCAGUCUAUUUGUGGUUUUGAUCUAUUUUUUCUCUGUUCUGGCAAUUAAUUAUGAGUACAAAUGGCGACGAUAUUCGUCCACACGACCUAGUUCUAGACCCUUUUGAAGAUUGAUAUAAUUUAGAGCUAAGAAAGGCAUGUUCAU